GCCCUGUGUACGCAGGUUCCCAUUUCAACCAAUUAAUGCUGCCUUAAUUGAUUCCAAUUAUUAAUUCAGCCAUAGAUACAUUUGACUGCAUUAAAGCACAAAAUAUAAGCAACAGUUGUUAUUUAAGAAAUGUAAAUAACACAUUUCACUUCAUAUUCUAUGAAAACCUACAUGAAUGCAUAUAUUUCAGCCCCUCCGUGGCACUGUAGUAUUGACUUUGCUUAUGGCUACAAAGCAAUGAAGCAGGUGAAGAAGGCUUCCACAACGUGCACAUGAUGAUAUUCGUAGGUUUGGCCUUUCUCAUGACCUUUCUGAAAAAGUACAGUUUCAGCGCCAUGGGGUUCAACUUCCUGAUGGCCGCCUUCGGAAUACAGUGGACUCUACUGAUGCAGGGCUGGUUCCAGUCCCUGGACCCAGCAGGCAUUAAAAUUAAAAACGCGGAAUACCCAGAUUUACGCAAGCACUACAGCCACAUGGCCACUCACCUGACUCCUGACGUCUAUGCCAAACUGUGCCACAAAGUCACACCCAACGGCUUCACUCUGGACCAGGCCAUCCAGACGGGAGUGGACAAUCCCGGGGAGCCCUUGGUAGAAUCUGUGGGCAUGGUGGCUGGGGAUGAGGAGUCAUAUGAGGUGUUUGCUGAUCUCUUUUAUCCGGUCAUUCUGGAAAGGCACAAUGGGUACAACCCACGUACUAUGACUCAACCCACAGACCUGGAUGCCAGCAAGAUCCGGGGAGGACAGUUUGAUGAGCGAUAUGUACUGUCGACCCGGGUUCGAACGGGCCGCAGCAUCAGGGGUUUCAGCCUGCCCCCAGCAUGCACACGGGCGGAGCGCCGGGAGGUGCAGCGGAUAGUGGCAGAUGCUCUCGCUGGCCUCCAGGGGGAGCUGGAGGGUCACUACUACCACUUAGCAGAGAUGACUGAGCAGGAGAAACAGCAGCUGACUGACGAUCACUUCUUGUUUGGCAAGCCAGCUUCUCCUCUAAUGAUUUCCAGUAGAAUGGCCCGGGAUUGGCCAGAUGCUCGUGGGAUCUGGCACAACAAGCAGAAGACCUUCCUUGUGUGGGUCAAUGAGGAGGACCACACCCGUGUUAUCUCCAUGGAAAAAGGUGGCAACAUGAAGCGAGUGUUUGAGCGAUUCUGCAAGGGACUGAAAGAGGUGGAAAGGCUGAUCAUGGAGAAGGGCUGGGAGUUCAUGUGGAAUGAAAGAGUGGGUUACAUUCUUACCUGUCCAUCAAACCUGGGCACAGGCCUGAGAACCAGCGUCCACAUCACCCUGCCCCACCUCAGCAAGGACCCCCGCUUCCCCAAAAUCCUGGAAAAUUUGCGCUUGCAGAAACGAGGGACUGGGGGAGAGGAUACGGACGUUGUGGACGCGGUCUUUGACAUCUCCAACCUGGACCGACUGGGCCUGUCUGAGGUGCAGCUGGUCCAGAUGAUGAUUGAUGGGGUGAACUACCUGAUUGACUGUGAGAAGAAACUGGAGAAAGGCCAGGACAUACAUAUCCCUCCUCCAAUCAGCCAGUUCAAAUAGAUUGACUGCUUGCUCAGUGGCUCCCCAUGUGGUUAUAAUGCCAAACUUCACCAGAGCAAUGUCUGAUGAAAGCAUUCUAUAACCCUUGAAUACACCUAUGCUGAUAUUCCAUAAACACUGUACAGCUUACAGAUUUAUUGAGUGACUAUUUUUCAUAUCCACAGCUAGUGGCCUUUUCACAUCAGAUUCAAGUAUAUACAUUUUUGUGUUGCAAUGUUUAGAGCUUCAUAAAAAGACAAAUACAAUGAACUUCGGCAACAAAAUACAGCAUGUACAUAAAUACCCUAUUUAUGUACACACAGCUAAAUUUGUCCUUUUUUCUAGAAUGUUUUUAUAAAUCAGCACCCCCUCCCACACUAUAGGAAAUGCUCACAGCUUAUCAGCAAAACUAUUAUAGUAAUCAUAACAGAAAUAUUUCUGAUGAUGCACAAGAGCUAAAAACAUUCCAGUAAUGUGAUUACAAUAUCGCAACUCAGUGUCUACCUCUCUUGCUGUUAAAUAAAUGGAGACAUUUUAUUCAAA